AUGGAGGGAUCAGGAAACCAACCCGCCUCGACGACAGAGCAAGCGUCAAGCUCUGCACCUUUAUCUUCGCCGCCAUCAGUCCAGGCCCAUCCUCCCUUUCGACAAGAUGCCGGACCUCAGCAGGAUAUGAGGUCUCCUGCGGCAUCCCAUGGACGGCAAGGAACGUACAAUAUGAUGCCAAUGAUGUCGACUCUACCCCAGGUUCAAAGAGUUGAACAUCAUCAUCACCAUCACCACCCAGGGCAAAUGCCCUAUCACCAAUCGACGUCGCCCCAUGUCAUGCAUCCAAUGGUACAGAUUGCUCAUUAUGGCCCCGGCCCUACGUACAACAUGCCCCAUCAGGAAUAUUAUACUCAACAACCUCAGCAUCCUCCCGUCGCGCAAUAUUAUCAUAACCGACAAAUCUCGCCCCAAGCUCAACCGAUACAGAAUAUGACCUACUAUCCCAACCAGGUGGUAAUGGGUCAUCCGCAUCACGCUUAUUACUAUGCCCAGCCUAACCGUUACCCGGCUCCGAAUCAAGGGAUGCCAGGAGCAAUGGUGUCUGGGCAGUACAUUGCCCCCGUUCCUCCUUCGACCGCCAACGAUCCUCGGCUUAUGAAGUCUCCCUCCGACGGAGGUCGAGUCCCAACCCAACCGACUAAACAAGAUUUAGAAGCUUCUGAAAGGCGACCAAGCACGACUGUUGUUCGGGGCCCACCGAGGAAGCCUCGACAAAGUGGACACGCCAUUUGGAUCGGAAACCUUCCUCCACAGACAGAUCUAAUGAACCUCGUCAACCAUGUGUACAGCUUGAUUCCAGGGUUGGAGUCCCUGUUUCUCAUUUCUAAGAGUAACUGUGCUUUUGCGAAUUUCAAAGACGAUGCGACUUGUGUGGAGGCUCAGCAGAAACUCCAUGAUUCCAAGUUUCAGUCCGUUAGACUUGUCAGCCGAUUGAGGAAGAAUGUAGCCGACAGUACAUCCGGAUCCCCCGCUUUACAAGGGCUGCCCUCACCUAAACCGACCUCAACAGUCGACGGCGACGAAUCUUCUUCUGUCAUAUCACCAACCGAGCCAGAUCCCAGUCCAAGCGCUAGCACCUCGAGUCUACGAAAAGGAAGCACCACCACAGAUGGAGGUCAACAAGAUAGGUUUUUUAUUUUGAAGAGUCUCACAGUUGCCGAUCUGGAGCUUAGCGUCAAGACUGGGAUUUGGGCUACCCAGUCCCACAAUGAACAGAGCCUAAACGAUGCGUUCAAGAACGCCGAUAACGUAUACCUUAUAUUCUCAGCCAACAAAUCAGGAGAGUAUUUCGGCUACGCCAGGAUGUUAUCCGAGAUGGAUGAAGACCCUGCCGCAGCGAUCGAGUUUGCUCCGCAAACACAGGCCACCGACGAUACCGACUUGCCUAAGGAAAUUCCCACCGAAGCCACCGAGUUUGCCCCUCGGGGUCAAAUCAUUGACGACUCAGCUCGCGGCACAAUAUUUUGGCAAGUGGACCAGCCGGAAUCAGAGAUUGGAUCGGAUAAGGAAAGUGAUGCCGGAAGUACCAAGAGCAAUGAAGAAGAGGAGGAAGAGACGAAAACCUGGGGCAAACCCUUCAAGCUCGACUGGCUAUGUACCACGCGUAUGCCUUUCUACAAGGCGCGGGGAUUGCGAAACCCUUGGAACUCGAAUAGGGAAGUCAAGAUUGCGAGAGAUGGUACGGAGAUAGAGCCGGUUAUUGGGAAACGCCUGAUUGGGUUGUUCAACCGCCACCAAAGAACGGGGCAGUUCGCAACUGCCCCGAGGUCUCCCAUGAGUCCCGGUAUGGUGCAUGGGUUCCCACCGAUGCGGCCAUACUGGCCUUGA